AGCUAUUCACAGAACCUCUGCCUGCUGGCCAAGUGUUUCCUGGACCACAAGACCCUCUACUACGACACAGACCCCUUUCUUUUCUACGUCAUGACGGAAUACGACAGCAAGGGAUUCCACAUCGUUGGCUACUUCUCUAAGGAGAAGGAAUCGACAGAGGAUUAUAACGUGGCCUGCAUCCUCACUUUGCCCCCGUACCAGAGGCGAGGCUAUGGAAAGUUGCUGAUUGAAUUCAGCUACGAACUUUCCAAAGUGGAAGGGAAGACGGGGACGCCAGAGAAGCCCCUCUCGGACUUGGGCCUCCUGUCCUAUCGCAGCUACUGGUCUCAGACCAUCCUCGAGAUCCUCAUGAACCUCAAGUCGGAGACGGGGGAGCGUCCGCAGAUCACCAUCAACGAGAUCAGUGAAAUCACAAGCAUUAAGAAGGAAGACGUCAUCUCCACGCUCCAGUACCUCAACCUCAUCAACUACUAUAAGGGCCAGUACAUCCUGACCCUGUCCGAGGACAUCGUGGAGGGCCACGAGCGGGCCAUGCUGAAGCGAAUCCUGCGGAUUGAUUCCAAAUGUCUGCAUUUCACUCCGAAAGACUGGAGCAAGAGGGGGAAGUGUACCAUACGCGUUCUCAGGAGCUUAAACGUGUCUCUGCUAUGAGGACUAGAAUCUUAAGGCAAAAACUCCACAAAAACCUUGUGACGUCCUCAGGACAAGUGAGUGAUAUUCAAUAUACAUAAUUCUGGACCGUCAGCGGUACAGUUCUGUGAAAGCGCAAGCCGAAUAAAGCUUAUUUCUCUUUUAAGGUA